CCAUCUCAUUGCGAGAGAAUCUUGUAUCGAAUAAAUGUGUUGUUUAUAAAUAAAACACUAGCUGGUCAGCGGUAUCUGCCAUUUUACUACAGGGUUCCCACAUAUUUUAUUUGGGCUUCUUAUCCAAGAUGGCGGUCAAACCAGGUGAUAUUAGAGAUGCUUUAGAAAGAGCCGCUGAAGCAGGCGAAACGUUCAGUAACUUGUAUUACGAGACCUUUGAUAAGAGACGCCAUAAAAUUUCCAAGCUUUAUUCCAAAAAUGCGACAGUUGUAUGGAAUGGGAAUGCUGUUAAGGGGGGUACUGAACAAUUGACCGAGUUCUUUACCAAUCUCCCAACUUCAGAGCAUACUCUACAUACACUGGACUGUCAACCUGUCUCAGAGCAAGCCAUACCCGGACAAACUACCAUUCUUGUUAUUGUGGAAGGUCUAGUACAAUAUGAAGGACACAAAGCAAAGAACUUUUCCCAAAACUUCUUACUCACAGUUGAAGGAACAGUAUGGAAAGUGGCUAGUGACUGUUUUCGUUUUCUUGAUUAACUUAGCCCAGCUGUGAUUGUGACUCUGGUGAAGACAGUUUGUGAUGGAUCAUUCUUCAAUGGAUGUUUCUUGUAAGGAGUGUACAUAGUACAGGCCCGUACCCAGGAUUUUUCUCGUGGGUGGGGGGGUGGGGGCGGCAAAAUUAGGAAAAGUUCGGAAAAAAGGAACCCUAGGAGGUGGGGGGGGGGGGGGGUGAGUUUUCUGAUAAAAUUCUGACCUUCCCUGAAAGAACAAAAAGGUAUUUGUAUGCCAUUGCAGUAUCUCUAUGGGACGUUUAUUAUCAGGUUUGUCAACAAAAAAGUUUAACUUACCCAUUAUGACAAACCAGAGUGUUCUAGAGUGCCUUUUUUAGCUAUUCUCUUAUGCUUUAUAGCUUUGUCUAAAAAUAGCAUUUUUUUUGUGAGUCGUGGACUGUCGGCCGUUGUGGGAGGUGCGCACCGCCCAUGUCUGCCCCCCCCUGUGUACAGGCCUGUAGUAUAAUUAUGCAAUAUACUAAGCUUUCAAAUUGUUUAUCUGUGAAAUCAUGGAUAACAUGGGCUUGAAUAUUGCAUGUUUUCAAUGGAGUUACAUCCCUAGACACAAAGGAGUCUGAUCAAA